AUGUGGAAACAAUAUAAAAGCCAGCAGUUACCAGCAAAUAACAACCCAGAGAAAAUGAAAUCAAAUAUCGUGAAAAUAUUACUGAUCACUGUGUGUGUUAGCGUGGUCGUUGCACAAAAUAAACAGAGUUGUAAAGAAGUCGUCGCAUCGGAUGAAGUACAGCAGGUCACUGUAUUGGUUAGUGGCACCGGUUGUCAGUAUCUUGUUAAAUCGGAUUCCGGUAAAGCGGUGAAGGUCUACGUUAAUGCAACGAGUGGAACCAAAUGUGUAAAGGUGUCCAGUGACGGGAAAUCGGAUACUCUGUGCCCAUCAGGUGCAACAAACCAGAUUUCAUCCAGCUCACCGAUUGAGGUGAGUGCGGAUUCCGACACGACCAGUCCAGAGGAAACGACAACACCAACUGAAGCAGCAACAGAAUCGACCACAACGCCUACAGGCCCAACUGAUCCCAAAUCUCCGGGAGAAUCGGGGAAGGAAGACCCGUUGCAAGAUCCACAAGGCCCAGCAUCUGGUAAAGAAGGCCAGAACUCGGGGUCUGGUACAGAAAAAAUAGAAGAAGCUGCUCCGUUGCCUGGACUUCUGCGGAAAGCCAGGGCUAAUUCGGAGACCAAUGCAUCUAACGACGUAAUUGUGUACUACGUAUUAGGUGAGAAUUAG